AUGGACAAUGAUAAACUAUCAUCAAUCAUUAAAGAAACGGAAGCCAAUUUAAUGCGGCUGAAGCAACAAUACAGAAGUCGGGAACCUCAGAUCAGUACUUAUAAACACACUGGAGCUCGGAACUUGCCACCUCCAAUUGAAAUGGAUACUCCAGCAAACAGGAGUUCAUCUUUAUUUUUGGGGUUUCUCAACCAAAUAAAAGGACAACUUGAUGAGCAAUCACAGACUCUCCACAAAAUCAAUUCCACAGUCCAGAAACUUGAAGCCGAAAACGCUCUUUAUAAACAAGAAUUGAUGACCGCCCACACCAAUAUCCACCAGUUAUCAUCUCUUUUGGAUAACGAACGACGAAAAUCCCAUUUGUCUUUGGAGAGACACUUCAUCCAAAUGCAAGAAAUGCUGAGAUUGUCACAAAAUGCAACAUAUUUGCGUCCUCAAAAUGAUGUUUAUGAAGACGCUCUCAAGUUUUAUCAAAAAGUUAAGAAGCGUCCAACCACAGUUGCUUCAACAGAUUUUCAAAAUCCAUUGAACUCCUCUUCAAAUCUCCAACAGAUGUCAACAAAAUGUAAGUCGGCACCUUGUCCACAGCCGUUUGUGCCCGAGCCACAAGUCAUGUCUUCCCUCAACUCCAUCCAGAAAAUGCUACAUCUUAGACAGUCACGCAAGAAAAUUCAUAACAAAACCUCUAGAACUGAUGCCAGCCAUUCAAAAAUGUCCAACACUUCAUCUGACCAAGACCUUGAUUCUUCUUCAAACCAAACCAUAACUAUUUCUUCCACUCAGAAUCUCACAUUGCAGAGUGAUGAAGAUCUUCAUUCUGAUGAUUCCAAUUUUGAUUUGCUUGACUCUCGCAGCUUUGGAAAGUCCGAAGAUGGCUUGGAAAGUAGCUCAUCCGAAGAUUUGAUGUCUGAAUGUGAAUCAUAUUGCUCAGAGAAACUGUCAUGA